AUUUUCGAUAACUGCUUCAACCCCGUUGAAUUCUUCUUUUCUAUGCAGCAAUUGGAUGAUUUCGAUGAGGAUCUUUGGCUUCAUGCUGUUUUAGUCCGUGUGGAAACACUCUGUUCAGAUUCCGAUUUGAUCACACGACAAAGUCCACUGUGUGACAGGCGCAAUAAGAACAUGGCGGACUCUCAAACGUCCACUCGAUCGUCCUCCAUUCCGAAUUCAGCUAGAUUGCAUUAUGGAUUGUACAUGGCCCGACGGGAAUUGGAACAAGCGGAAAACGAACUGGAAAACUGGCUCAUCUGCUGGCCCAAUCGCCACGGAUGGUACCAGAUGGCUCGUGGUCUAAUCCGUUCUAGACGGGGCCAGUUGGAAGCGAGGCUUGCAGAGGCGAGUUACCAACUGACCUUUCUACAAAAUCAAGAGGAAUUAGUUCAUAUUUGGCAUCACUCCUCCGCUCCAUCACUGCUGGAAGAAGCCGCUCAAAUUUUGGCUCAGAAUGGGCACACACGAAAUGCUCUGCGACUUGGGUGGUUUCCGUUGGCCGCUUUCUGGUUGCGAACAUUCACAAUUGAGGCUCACGAUUAUUUAUCCGGAAUAAGUCUGCCCGUCGAAAGAGAGUUAAUCAAAGCGCAACUAAUGGAAACGGAAUUCCUCUGUUGCUUAAUGCAAGUUAAUAAUGCCUACGAGCGUGCACGGCGGGAAUCGGAUCGACAAAAAGAUUCACUUGCUCGCGCCGUUGAAGUGUACACAAAUGCUUGUCGAGAUGAGUUCGACUCACCGAAUUGUGAAUCGAUUGAGAGUAUUUGGCUCGAAAAGACAACAACCGCAUUCGAUUCGUUGAUCUCCAUAUUGGCCAAUAUUUUUGAGUGCAGUGAAAAAUUACCCCUGUUCCGAGUCAAAUGCCUCAUCCAGUUGGGUCGCGCUCUACGUCUCCAAAGUGAGCAUCUGAUUCCAGAUGGUCCUCUGCUGUGGUUCUCUGUCCCCGGACAAGAAGACAGCGAGGAACCAGGAGAAGUCGGUGAUCAGAACACUCAGGCACUCGGUGGCAAAACCCCAAGCACAAUAAACGAAUUACAUUUGGGCUCUCGAUGGCGUUCUCGAGAGGAUGUCCUUGCCGAUUUGCGACUGCAUGGUUCCACCGUGGAACUCCGAGCUCUGGCCUCUUCCGUUUUAUUCACUGCAUUCAGGCUAACCACACAAAAUCAGUGGGUGGCUUUGUCCAAAUCCAUUCUUGAAGAGUUACUAAUCUGCGCUGGAGGUUCCCACGAAUCCAUGUCCACCAGUACCCAGAGUUUGUUGAACGGUUUUCAAAGUUUCGCUGCCUGUUGUAGAUUAAGAACGCAGCUAGCCUCAACCAUCCUGUUAUACAACAAAGACUCUGCGCUGAUUGACGCCAUGUUUUCCGGUCAAGAAAACAGCUCAAGCGGAGCAGCACUGGGACUGUUCUCCUCAGAAGAACCAGGGUCUUACGUGGAACACUUGAUGUGGAGUGUGGGUUUGAAAGCUUCAUUCGUUGGUGGCUUUUUCACUACACCUGGUGGACUGCAGUACGGAACCGCGGAUCACUGCGUCACUGCAAGUCCGUGGAUUACAAAGUGUCAAUAUCUUUUGUUCACACAGUGCCCAUCCUGGAAUCUUACUGAUGUGAAACUUUCUCUGGUCUUGGACCCAAACAAAUCACUGGUCACUACUCUGUCCAGUAUUCCUGGUGCUACUACGUCUUCUUCUCGGUCCUGGAAUGUACUAAUCAUGGAACAUUCAUCAGACUAUCAUUACUCCUAUGUGAGUAUACCUCUGGGUACAGCAAGGAAGUCCAUAAGCAGCACUGGGUCCGUAAGACGAGCCAGUACCACCAAAUCUCAGGCUGUCAAAAGCAGUUCAGUCGUUCAUCUGCGUAUUGCAACCAGUCGAAAGCGUUUGUUGCAAUCAGUCUCCUCAUGGAAAAUCUAUCUGAGCAAUCUGGACAAAUAUUUCCGGAAAAAAAGUGUCAUGGUUAAUGGAAAAUAUGGUGACGAGCCAAAUGUGAUCGAAUAUGAACCGCUGGCAAAAGUGUUAAACUAUUUGACGGCCCAAUGGAUAAACACUCCACUCUCUAAACCCUCUGCACCGACCGAGUUCAACUCAGCGGCCACAGAAUACAGCUGUUCACAAUUGCAGUCACCCUUACAGGCCCAAGGUUCCGCCUGUUUGUUAGCUUUGCUCAAGCAACUACUUGAUUCCACAAAAUCUCCAUCCGGUUUGCUCAUACUAACCGAUUUUUGGAUAUCGGAACUGCCUGUGGAGGCCCUAUUGAUGCAACGCACAAUGAAAAAACUGAUGGAAUAUGAUAGUUGGCAACGCGCUUCCAGUAAUAUUACCGUUAGUGCACCGGGCUCAGCUCCUGGCGGGGGUGCCGGUAGACGGAGCAGAAAUUCGGGUACAAAAAGUGCCACGGCGAUGUGCCAAUUGCCAUUCGGUUGGAUCGCACGAGACUUCAGCGUGCAUUGGGUUUGUUCAAGACUGUCCGGUCAUCAACUUUCCACGAAAAACGAUUCAGGAGAGCCGGCUCAAGAUUCAAUGGUCAAACCGUCAGCUCGAAAACCGGAUUUGCACGGUUCACGUCCUCGACAUCCGCUACUGCGGGAUCAAGUGGGCAAGCAUGUGACCACAGGACCACCUCGAUCGAAUAUCUCCAAUGGUUUAACAGUAAACUCGUCAGCUGUCCGAUAUAUUGUCGAUCCCUACGGAGACACUGUAUCACUGGUUGAGGAAUCCGAUAGAGCGAAACGUAAUGCAACCCCCGGAAGUACCCUUUCAGCUGUGCAAACACCGGACCAAUCUAAUCGACCACGAUUCCACGUAUUUGCCGAACACAUCUCGGAACUAUUGGCCAAUCCACCGGCUCGAUACCAGACACACACAAGUCGUUGGAUCGGAGUGAUUGGUCAAGGCCUGGAUGGCUAUGUGCCAUCCAGUGGUGAGGUCUAUACUAUUCUGAACGAGAACACUGAAAGUUUCUUCGUUUAUAUGCCAGAAGCAUUGUUAUCUCAAAUCCCACCGGAUAUUGUCACAAGCCUACCUCUGAACGGUUGCCGCUUCGCAGCACUGUUUGAUCGGGUACAUACCCCGGGGAGUUUGCUUCGCCAAGGAAAAUUGGCGGUAACCAAAACGGUCCUAGAACAUGAACUGGAACAACCUAUCACAACCACAGUGUUGCUCAGUCUUGCCGGCUGCCAGUCCACACUCAUGCCCAGUUGGACAGUAAAUGUCACCGAGUUACAAUCCAAUCUGGAAAACUUAUUAAAGACUCUUUUGGAUGAGAACCAUUCGGUCGGGGAAUGUGUGUCCCUCCUCCAACUGAAAAGCAUGCACGAUCGACAAGCCAGCUUUCUGGAACACGCCAACGGAUCCGGCCNCUGUUACACGAAACACCGGACUUACACAUCCCUGUGGGGGAUGUUCUUUUGA